AUACGCCCACUUCUGCCCUGUCAUGCACAAAGAGGGGUGUAGCUGGACUAUACUGCAGUUGUUUUGACAAGACCAGCUCAGCUAUUUCAAGCAAGUGAGACCCUUAAAUCAAGAAUCGUGGGAGGAGAUAAGAUCAGUAGCUGUGCUAUAGACCACCUAUCAAAGAGAGGUAGAUUAUGGCAGAGGACGGAGCGAUGUUGAAGGGCCUCAGGCUACUCACUGUCGUUAGAGGGCGUGAGGGAUAUGGCUUCCACAUGUACACAAACAAAACACUCAAGGGUCAGUACAUCAAGUGGGUGUCUCCAAAUGGUCCAGCUGACCUUGCCGGCAUGUUGCCAGGCGACCACGUGCUGGAGGUGGACGGGACGCAUGUAGAGACUGAAUCUCAUCAAACGGUGGUGGAGCUGAUACGAGGAGGGAGUGCUACAGAAAAGAAGAUCUUGGUCAUCGAUCAAAAAACAGAAAAAGAAAUGAGAUCACUGGGAGAGGAGGUUAAUGCAUCCAAUGCUGUGAUGAUGAUUCCUCGGACCCUCUCUUCUCCUUCCGGCUCCUACCCAUCAGUCCCUGCCCCCGUUCGUAGCCCGACUAAAUCCAUUGGCUCUGACGAGACAGACGGACCCUCUAGCCCCAUUCGCUACAGUCACGGGAGCAUGCCCGGCUCUGGACAAGGAGUGGGCGGGGCCGUCAGCUCUAGCUACAAAGCCGUUGCAAAGAAAUCAGGAAAGAAAUCGGAGAGAGUGAAAGUAAAGCAGUCGCGAGAUUGGCGGUCGAGUAUUGAAGCGUAUAACAAUCUCUGAUCAUGAGGAGGGUGGUCCGACUCUAUUAGCUCACACGUACAUGCAGUGUAACACAUGAUUACCAUUAUCUCACUUAAUUAAAAUAAUACAAAUUUACUAUGUUGUAUUGUAUGGAGUGGUUGCCUUUACGAUGUCUGAUAUAUAUAAUUAUGUAUGCAUGUGUAAAUUAAGUUAUUUUUGUAAAUUAACUUUGUGUUUGUACAAAACUGUGUUGACAAGAACGAA